GACUGGAGCAAAGGUGGAGGGAGGCUCCCAGGAAAAAGGUGGCUGCCUUUAAGGUGGGUUUAUUUGCCUGCCAGAUGGGAAGUCUGUGACCAGCCCCUUUCAAACAGGUAAAGGCAGUAAGGCUUCUCCACCCACUUGCCUUGAUCUUUCAUCAUAACUGUGGGCCAGGCAGGGAGGUUGUGCAAUGUGUGCGCUCCAGUCAGGAGGCUGCGGGAGAGAUUCAUGCGCUGGGAGCAGGAGCCGAGGCUUGGAGGCCUGAGCCAGGAGAGCAGGCAGGGGCUGGGAUCAAGGCCCCCUCUCCAACCAGCAUGGAGCUGAGGAUGGGAAGGAUCGAGCUCUCCCUUGGGAUCCUUCUCUUUGGAUCUCUCCUUCCUCCUGAGGCGCUUGGGAAAGAAGUGAAUCUGCUAGACACAAGCACUGCACAGGGUGAGCUGGGCUGGCUUCCAGACCCUCCAGAAGUAGGGUGGAGUGAAGUGCAGCAGAUGAUAAAUGGUACACCAGUCUAUAUGUAUCAGGACUGCAGCGUGCUCUCUGAGGGUGACACUGAUCACUGGCUUCGCACCAACUGGAUUUAUCGGGGUGAGGCAGCAUCUCGCAUUUAUGUGGAGCUGAAGUUUACUGUGAGAGACUGCAAGAGCUUCAAAGGUGAAGUGGUGACCUGCAAAGAGACCUUCAACCUCUACUACAUGGAGUCUGAGCAGGAUGUCGGGAUCCAGUUCCGCCGCCCAAUGUUCAUCAAGCUCAACACUGUGGCAGCGGAUCGAAGUUUCACAAACAGAGACAUCGAAUCUGGUGCCAUGCAGCUGAACACAGAAGUGUGCCCCAUUGGGAAGUUGUCUCGUCGGGGCUUCUACUUAGCUUUCCAGAACUCUGGGGCUUGUGUAGCAAUGGUGUCUGUCCGAGUGUAUUACAAGACUUGCCCAGAGGUAGUACGAGGCCUUGCCCGUUUUCCAGAGACACUAGCAGGUUUGGAGGGGCUCACAGAAGUGCCUGGUGUCUGCGUGGAAAAUGCAGCUGAAGAAACAGGCUCUCCCCCAAGGAUGCACUGCAGCACAGAUGGGGAGUGGCUGGUACCAAUGGGCCGAUGCCUUUGUGUUGUGGGGUUUGAGGAAGUCGAUGGGAGCUGCGUAGGUGAGUAUGCAGACAGACAGUGGCUGUAGGCCAUGGGAUUGAUUCCAGGGAGUUGGAGAUCAGAGUAUCUGUAAGCACAAAGCGAGAGUAGGGGAGUUAGUGUGUCCUACCUCUCUCUUGCUUGCCCUCUGUGCUUGCCAGGCAUUUCUUAUGCUUUUCUCCCCUGCGUAGCUUUUCCAAUUGUGAUUUUCUCCUUAUGUGUCAAGUGUAAGACUUGCAAACACUUCUCCACUCCCUCUUGGGCUUCAUCCAGGAGCCUUCAGCUUUAGAGUUAGUUCCUGUGAGCUGUAACUGUGUGAUUGACACUGACUCACUCCACAAGUGAUUCCCAAGCCUUAAAUGGAAGCCUUGUUCUUUCAGGCUGAUGGAUCAGAUGUAUGGAACAGUGUUUGUCCUGUGACUAGAAAGCUGAGAGCCAAAGUGGG